CCUGCAACUAUGUACAUACAUCACAAGGAACCGUGGACGUCGUAAUAGACCAUCACAGACAGUGCACUAUACCUUACACCGUGACCUACAGGCUCGACAAGUAGAAUGCUCUCCUCCACAUCACCAUCAUCAUCACCGCCAAGAGAAAAGCGCCGAUACGCGCCGUUGAAACCUUCUCCCCUCAACCCCAACACCUACUACUUCGACAGCGCUCGCCACGGGGGAUCCGCGGGACGGACAAAACCCACCAGAAGAAGCAAACUACACCAGCCCCACCCGGCAAGAUUCCCGCAACGAUAUGCCGUACUCCUCUCCGAAAGCCCAACGCAGCGUCUCCUGCGGCAGAAAGCCCUGGCGGCCUGGCGACAUCAUCAUGUCUCGUCGAUGCCCGCCUCUGCGGCGUCCGUGGGUCGAAGCCAGCGUGGAGCGCACUCUUCUGUUCCUCCGGCAGGUACUUAUAAGAGCAGCAACGGCCCUGCACAGGAGAGGCCGCCGCAUGGUGGAGCCAGAGCGGCCGAGAUUUGUCCUGACGAGCGGAAAGAUGAUGAUGAUGGUGGGGAGGGUGGAGUCGGCUUGCUAACGGUCAAUGCCGCCGGUCAGCGGGAGGGCAUACUUUGCAUCUCCUGUCCUGACCUGGAACGGGAGGGAGGAGAAGGAGAGCGUGUGACCGGAGCUAUUCGGAAAAGGGGCCGGUAUCCCGGACGAGCUGUGGAUGCAAGUGGCAUUGCUGUGCGCCGCGUCUUCGCUGUCGUCGCGGUGUUCAUCGGCUUGGGGCUGGUCCACGGGCUCGUGACGGCCUUUGGUGGCGCAGCGGUAGGGGGGAGGCCUCCGGCUGCUGGCGAUUGAUGGUAUCAUGCCAUGCCUAGGUGGACAAUCUUCGAUCCCCCGGAAGUAGGUAUGGUCGGUGUUGGGUUACAGCGCGGCUGAGGGAGCGGAGCGUUGUUGUAGCAUAGGGAUUUUGUCUCCGGGUUAUGUGAGUCG